AUCACAACAACAUGCAUUAACUGUCCUGUCUACCAACAGCUACCACUGCUUUUUAUACACCACUAAUUCUAUUCUUAUCCCCAAAUUUUCACACAGUGACGGACAAAAAAUGUCUCGUAACCAUAGCGAUAUUGACAAGAUUCACUCGACCUCGCAAUCGGACAUUGACGAGAUCGAGAACCUCAUCUACUCCCAACCCUCCCACGUCCGCCCGGCGCACAACUCAAUCGCCUCCACUUACCCUCAGCCCCCGCCUCCCUCUUUUAUCCCCUCCAAUCUCCCUCCACCCACCAAUCUGAAGCCGAACCCGGUCCCUUCAGUCCCCUCCACAGUCCCACAACUCUCUCCUCGCUCUUCCGAGUCUGGUGGUCGUAUUUCAGUAACCGGCUUUGGGCCGCCUCCAAACAGACUAACGGAACCAGUUUGGAAUACUGUUAAGAGAGACUUGUCCAGGAUCAUCAGCAAUUUGAAGCUGGUGGUUUUCCCGAAUCCUAAUAGGGAGGAUCCUGGAAAGGCUUUGAGAGAUUGGGAUCUCUGGGGGCCCUUCUUCUUCAUUGUUUUCCUCGGUCUCACUCUUUCCUGGUCUGCCUCCGUUAAAAAGGUGUUGCAGCUUGUAUGAUAGUAUGAUUAACAUUUUAUUGCAAUAUUAAACCCAGUCAUCUGAAUUCUUAUCUUGCACUGACAGUAUAUUGUCAUAAAACUUGGAGACCCAAAAGCUAGCCAUUGAGCUUGGAAAACCCAAGCUAUAUAAACCACGUAAAGGAAGGCCAUGCUUUCAACGUGGGAUUCAGGUGCCCAUACACUCCAAUGUGAACCAUGACAAACUCGGCGUCCGUGUCGAGCAGGUGUUCAUACACCCUAAGUGGUAACCGAGACCAGAAGACCUGAUGCCUAUGCUAGAUUCUAAAAGCUAACCACUGAGGUUGAAGAAUCCAAAUUUAUAUAAACCACGCAAAGGAAGCCCAUACUUCCGAUGUGGGAUUUAGGUGCCCAUUCACCCCAAUGGGAACCAUGACAAUAUUUGUACUAUGUUAUUGUGUCUAGGCUUUUAACAUGAUGUCCUUGUAAUUGGGUUUGUGUGGAUUGAAUUGCAUUCAUCCCAGGGGUUUUUUCAAAUAGAUUUGUGCAAUAUUUUACUAGUAAUGUGAGUUACAUUUCAUGACA